AUGACUGAAAGUAUUGAAGAUUCAUCAUCAAGUUGUGAUGAAACAUUAAUUGAUGAAGAAGAUCUAAAUAAAUUUACAUCAACAUUAGAUCAAUUUACACCUGCUAUACCUGAAAUAGUACCGGCGGCAACAACUGAAGCAACAAUUACAAUUACUGAUCAAUCGACAAAUGCAGCUAGUGGUAGAAAAUCAAUAGCAUCAACAAAUCAAACGUUAACACUUAAUGAUUUAACACAUGUUCUUAAAGAAUAUGAAAUUAAUGUUAAAAAAACAUUUUAUUAUACAUAA